AUGGCCUUCCUACAAAAAGCUGUGGAUUGUAUUUGCCAUGUUACACACCAAAAUUUAUCAGUAAAGCCAUCUAAAAUUGUGUCCGGUCACGAGCCAGAAAAAACUAAUGAACUUUUACAAGUUAUGGCUUUGGCUAUAAGUAAUAAGACGGAUAGCUCUGAUGCUGUUAAGAAAGUUUUAUCUGGUGUGAAACCGUCGAGGAUUCUAGUAUUGUUGCUAAAAAUUUACUGCAUAGGUGCUAAUGUUGAUAUUGUUCGUAUAGCAAAAAAAGGGAAGGAGGUUCAGCAAAAGAACGGUAAUCAAGAAAAUAUACCUAGUCAUACUGAAAAUGAAGAAAGAUCUAGAAAAGAAAGACACACGCCAAAGGAAGAGAAGAAAGCUGAAAAAGAAGACAAUUCAAAGCAGAGGGUUCCUCACGAUGAAGAGGUUAAAGGCAAUGAUCCGGCACCAGUUGAACAGGAUUCUCGGGGAAAACAGAAUGAUGUUCCGCCAGAAGCUGACCAACGUCCAUCUUCACCAAAAGGAUCUCGGGCUACCAGAGAAAAACUGGAUGACGAAACAAACGAUAAAGCUCUACGCAAGCCUCGCUCUGCCAAUAAGGAUACAACAGAUGGGCCAAUCAGAUCUGCAAAAUCCGAUCGGCAACGAUUAAAUGGAGCGAUGAAUGAAAAUGAUGAAACUCCUGUGCCCCGUGUUUAUAGCGGUCACGUAGAACGACCUAGUAGUGCAAGACCUGCACCACCGAGGCCUCGGAAGCCUGGUUCUGGAGAUGAUCGUACUAGCCGGAAUAGCGGUUCUGCAAAAGCUGUUGCCAAUGUCAUUGUUGAUAAUGGCAAUGAACAAGAGUCAGAAGAUGAAACAUUUGUCGUAGAAGAGACACAACCUACUAUUAUAAAGGAUGAGCAAGUUGUAGACAAUAUAGAAAUUGAAAAUGAAGAACACGGUGGGCUUGUAAAAAAGAUUUUAGAAACAAAGAAAGAACUCGAGAAGAAAGGGCCUAAAGGACCUGAUACGUCCAAAUCCAUUAUACCAGAUGCAACUAGGAAGAAGGAAAGGGAAUUAGUGGAGAAAGAGAUUGAAAAGCUGAGAGUCACUAUUCAGAAUUUAUGCCGAAGUGCUAAUCCAUUAGGUAAGAUUAUGGAUUACGUGCAAGAGGACAUUGACAGCAUGCAGAAAGAAUUAGAAACGUGGAGAUCAGAAAAUACCGAUCAUGAAAUGGCUCUAAAGCGCGAGAGAAAUGCAUCUGAAACUGCGAUUGAACCAUUAAAAUCACAACUGAAAGAGAUUGAAUUAGGCAUAGCCGAUAAGAUUGAGCUUAUUAGCACCGUAAAGGCCAAUAUCUUGAGAAAUGAAGAAAAAAUGCAGAAAAUGAUUAAUGGGAUAUUUAGUUCUAGGUCGUAAUUGUUUAUAAAAUAGUAAUUAUUCUUAUUGGUAUUAAAGGUCCUAAUUUGGGAUAUCGUUGUGACAUACAUACAGUACAUGCUAUAGCUGUUUAGUAAGCGCGAUCGUAAAGAUUGAUCACAAUCGUUCAUUUUUGAUCCUGUACAGAUAAUGUAAUUUAUGUGGCCACU